CUUUUCUUUCUCCCCACCAACGGCUCCAAGCGGACCACGGGACGCGUCCGGGACGGGAACGGACAGACUACAGAGGGAGAGAAAGGAGAAGGAAAGGAAAGCAACCGGCGCCGAAGCGGACAAAAGGGUUACACAGGAAGGAGGAAGGAGAUCGCGAGGUUGAAGGUGGAAGGCGACGGCAUGGUGGCGGUGAGGAAGCCGUCGUCGUCGUCGCUGCCGCCGGCGGCGGGGCGGCGAGGGGUGCGGGUGGGGCCCACGAGGCUGGAGGGCCUGUGGGCGGGGCGGGCGCCGGCCGUGGCGGCGGUCAAGGUCAAGUGGCCGGGGGCCGGGGGCGCGCUGUCGCAGAUGCUCACGGGGAGGCGCGGCGGCCGCGGGGUCACGGCCGUCGAGGCCGUCGGAGGGGACGGCGCCGUCCGCUGGGACGCCGACGCCGACGCCAACCGGUUCCGGGUCGACGUCGAGCCAGCCUCGGCUCCUGCGCGCGGCGGCGGCAGCGGCGGCAGGCCUGAGCGCGGCGUGUUCUUCUCCAUCCUCUAUGGAUUCCAAGAACAAGGGAGAGGCAAGGACCUUGUGAGGCUGGAGGAGAUUGGGACAGCCAUGAUAAGCCUGGAGGAGUGCUGCUGGGAGAUGCAACUGCAGCAGAACCAGCAGAAAGGUGGAGGUGCACCUCAGCAGCAGCUGGUGGUUGUCCCCAUCAGGGUGAGGAAGGAUGGAUGGGCAAGCGAUGCCAUACUUUAUGUCAACGUGGAGCUCGUGGAUCUGAACACUCCUGCGGAGAUCGAUAGAAGUGUUUCUUUCAGAGAGAAGCCGAGAACCAACAUGGCACCAACUAUGCGAGAGGACCGGAAGAGCUUGGGCGCGCCGACCUAUCAUGAAGUUCUUGAUCUGAAGCAGCUGCUUGAUCUCGCCGACAAGCAAGGCAAGGUGGCGGUGUACAGGAACAAGAGGAACUCUGACAGCAGCAGUGUCAGCAGCAUGAGCAGCAGCAGCAGCACAAUGAGCCUGAGCAGCGCCAGCACCAGCACCAGCGGCGGCGCGAGCCCAGAGCCCGGCUCCACGUCGAAGCGCCGGUUCCUCCCCUGGAGGAGGAGGAGCAGAGAGUCGCUGUCCCAAGAACUGAACAUGAAAUGCACGGAUGAUGAUCCGACGACUGGCAGCUGGGAGACGCGCGAGUUCAUGAGCAGGGACGCGGAGACGAAGCUCAGGACGCCGGUAUUCUUCGCCUCCAUCGACCAGCGCGAUGAUAGCGCCGGUGGGGAGAGCGCAUGCACGGCGCUCGUGGCCGUGCUCGCGGCCGCGCUCCAUGCCAAUCACCCAACGAUGCCCACCCGACCGGAGCUGGACGCGCUCAUCAGGGACGGCUCAUCAGAGUGGAGGAAGCUCUGCGAUGACGAGGUGCACAUGGAGCAGUUCCCCAACAGGCACUUCGACCUGGAGACGGUGCUCGCAGCGAGGACGAGGCCCAUCGCCGUGCAGCACGACAGGGCCUACGUCGGCUUCUUCCAGCCGGAGAGCUUCGCUUCGCUCUCGGGCGCCAUGUCGUUCGACGACAUCUGGCACGAGAUCAGCGGCGGCCACCGUGCACCGGGCCACGCCGACGUGUACAUCGUCAGCUGGAACGACCACUUCUUCGUGCUCAAGGCGGAGAACGACUGCUACUACGUCGUCGACACGCUCGGCGAGAGGCUGUUCGAGGGCUGCGACAAGGCCUACAUGCUCAGGUUCGACGGCUCGUCAGAGUUGCACUCCGUGCCAUCGUCACCUUCGGAGCCGGAGGAGGUGAUUGCCACCGGAAAGGAGUGCUGCGGGGAGUUCAUCAAGAGGUUCUUGGCCGCCAUCCCGCUGAGGGAGGAGCUGCAGAUCGAGCAGAUGGGCUGUGUCGAUGCAGUCGCGCCGCACCGCCGGCUGCAGAUAGAGUUCCAUUUCACAACCCUUCAAGAAGACGAAGGAAGAUGAUGAUGAUCCACAGUGGGGUGUUCGUGACCUGACUGUACUGUAUACUAACUUAAUCAAUGUACAUUUCCAUACAGCGUAAAAAGAAACAGGAAAUUACAGCAGCAUUAUUUAUAGGAAAUGUAAAUGGGGAAUUAGGAAUUCUUGAGUUUUCUUACUUUUACGGGAUGGGAAUAGGAUACAUCUUUGGAUAGCUGUACCUGUCAAUUAUACUUGCUUACCAUUUUGUAAUCAAGGUCAGAACUCGCUGCAUAUUACACGA